AUGUGCAAAAACAUCUACUGGCAAUGCAUCAUCUGCAUGACAGCAAUUCGCAACUCCAGCAUCCCAGACCUUUGCCAUUACGCCAGGGUAAGCGGCUUCGAAUGUCUUCCACACGAGCAAGAGCAGUGGCCGGUCCCAUUAUAUUCGACAUGUCUUAUCUGCAAAGAGAAACGAAGGCCCUACCGCGGCCGUCGCCGUCGCCGGUAUCUAGCACCAGCAACAACGCCGGGGGUUGUAGAAUUUGAAGAAGGAAACUCAGACACACAAGCAGACGGAUAUGACUGGGACCAUUUGAAAGAAAGCUAUAUCUGGUAUUGGAUACCUAUGCCCUUAGCAUCCAGUUUCGCUGCCCAGUCUAUCACUGGGAGUGAUGAUUUCCACUUUCCAGACUGCGAGAUGUAUGAUGAUGAACGGUCUCGAGCAUCAGAUAACACGUCUGAGAGUACCAUUAGUAGGGACUCGGAUCCGAGAGUUUUAGAGGAGGAGGAGAAGGAUGUCUGGGUCUCAAAUUCCGAUUCUCUUCAAGAGCAUGGACCCACUAGUACUAACCAUCGAUCAUUUAUCCCGGUCCCGGUCCGUAGGGCUCGUGAGCCAGCUAGAGAGGGCAGCAGGCGCAUGCGCUCAAAUAUCCCUGUGGCUAGCAGCAGGGUCAGAAGAGAGCAGAGGCAAAUCUCGGCUGAAAUUGAUUGGGAAACUGGAAGUAGAAUAGUCGGGCUCGAUGAUUUUGAUUGGCAGCAUUUUGAUAGUGUCACUUUCUAG